AUUUGGGUUCCUGGAACAGAAGCCAUUUGAAGAAAGGCUGUUCUCCUGCAGACACAAACUGGCAUCUGUGUAGUCUGACCAGUUGUGCACUGUGCUGCUGUCCUAUAUGCCCUCUAUUGUUAUUGCAAUGCUGAAGCAACAGCUGCGCACCUAAAGAGCAGGAAGAGAAAUCUAUGCCUUCUCCAGUCAACAUAACAGGAUUUCAGUAGGAAGCAAUGAAUCUUUUCUGCUUAAGCUGAUGUUACAAAGAAUUAUGAAAGAAUAAUCUUCAGGCUUCCUAUCUGACUCUGAGUGGAUGCUCCUGAAAAGCCUAAAUCUUGUGCAUACGGGAACCCUCUUCUUCCAGUAUUUGUUAAAGUGCAUGGAUAAAGAUGGGCUCACUAAAAAAUGGUAAUACCAGAAAUGAACUUUUGAACAAAGAUGAACUGUUACGCAUAUUCCACAAGGGUAUGUCUCUACAUGUAAAACCAGAAAUGACAGCCGCAGAAGAACAAUGGAUUCAAAGGCUGCUCCCUUCCUACCCCGGUUACCGUGGCAACCGCCCGGACUCCCCCAGCCCCGCGACUGCUGCGGAAUCGCUCCGUAGCACCAGCAGCAGCAGCAGCCGCCGCUCGCUGCCGGACCCGCUCCUACAGUCGCUGUCGUCGCCGCCACCUCGCAUGGAGCUCCUGGCCGCCGCGCUGAGCGCCGCCUGCGCCCUGGACCAUGAAGGCUCCGCGGAGAGCGUGGCCGGAGCCCGCCUGGACAUUGGCAGUGAAUCCCCCUCCAUGACUGGACCAGUCGCUAUUCCUGAAGAAAGCCCUGUACUUUCAGACUGCCCUGCUGCUUUCCCUGAGGCCCUGCAAGUGAUUCACCCUAUGACAGCUGACUCCUGGAAAAACUUCAUUGAGCAAAUAGGACUCUUGUAUCAGGAAUAUCGAGAUAAAUCCACACGCCAAGAGAUUGAAACUAGGCGGUUGCAGGAUUCACAGACAGAUACCGAAGAUGAAUGCUUGACUACUGAAGAAACACCAUCAGAAACAGAACCUGCAGACCCAGCAGAAAGCAAGGCUGUUCCCCAGAUUAGCUUGCUCAGGAACUCCAAUUCCAGGUUUAACCUAUGGCAAGAUCUUCCAGAGGUCAGAAGCAGUGGUGUUCUGAAUAUUCUCCAGCCAGAUGAGAUCAAACUUCAAGAGGCCAUGUUUGAACUGGUCACUUCAGAAGCUUCAUACUAUAAGAGCAUGAAUCUGCUGAUAUAUCAUUUCAUGGAAAAUGAGCGAUUGAAAAAAAUUCUGCAUCCCUCAGAAGCUCAUAUCCUCUUCUCCAAUGUCCUGGAUGUUAUGGCAGUCAGUGAACGAUUCCUUUUGGACCUUGAGAAACGGGUAGAAGAAAACAUUGUAAUCUCAGAUGUUUGCGACAUUGUCUAUCAGCAUACUAUUAAUCAUUUUUCCGUAUAUGUAACCUAUGUCUCCAACCAGACCUACCAAGAGAGAGCUUACAAGCAACUUCUCCAGGACAAACCAGCUUUCCGGGAGGUGAUCUCACAGUUGGAACUGGAUCCUAAAUGCAAAGGCCUGCCUUUCUCUUCCUUCCUGAUUUUGCCUUUUCAAAGGAUCACUAGACUGAAGUUGCUGGUCCAGAAUAUUCUGAAGAAAGUGGAAGAAAAAUCUGAACGGGAAAUCACUGCCCUUGAAGCUCACAAGGAAUUGGAAACAGUGGUGAAGGCAUGUAAUGAAGGUGUUCGAAAGAUGAGCCGUACAGAACAGAUGAUCAGCAUCCAGAAGACGUUAGAGUUUAAGAUCAAGUCUGUGCCCAUCAUCUCUCAUUCCCGCUGGCUACUAAAACAAGGGGAGCUCCAGCAGAUGAAUGGCCCAAAAACAUCACGGACACUCCGUACAAAGAAACUCUUCCGAGAAGUCUAUUUGUUCCUCUUCAAUGAUUUGCUUGUGCUCUGCAGGCAAAUUUCUGGUGACAAAUACCAGGUAUUUGACUCUGCUCCCAGAGGACUUCUGAGGGUAGAGGAAUUGGAAGACCAGGGACAGAGCUUGGCCAAUGUCUUCAUCCUGAGGCUGUUGGAAAAUGCAGAUGACCGUGAAGUCAGUUACAUGCUAAAGGCAUCAACCCAAAGUGAAAUGAAGCGCUGGAUGAUCUUGCUGGCUCCAAAUCGGCGGACCAAGUUUGUUUCCUUUACAUCUAGGCUCAUGGAUUGUCCUCAAGUACAAUGUGUCCAUCCUUAUGUGGCUCAGCAGCCAGAUGAGCUCUCACUGGAACUGGCUGAUGUGCUGAACAUCCUGGAAAAAACAGAUGAUGGCUGGAUAUUUGGAGAGCGUUUGCAUGAUCAAGAAAGAGGCUGGUUCCCCAGUUCUAUGGGUGAAGAGAUCAUGAACCCCAAGAUUCGUUCUCAGAACCUGAAGGAAUGUUUCCGGGUGCACAAGUCAGAUGACAGUCAGCGAAGGAAGCUAGGCAGCAGGAAUAGACAAUGAUCAUUGCGCACAGUUAUCUGUUCUUCAGAAGCAAUUUGUGUCCGAUGGUGAGACAGUGGGACUCAGUAAUUGGGAGGUGGCACAAAGUAUCGGCUUCUGACAAGCAAGUCUUCUCUCACCUCUAAACUUGUGGGCUUAUUUGCACACUUACAGAAUGGAUAAUAUCUUUGAAGACAGACUUGGGGGAAAGUGAGGCUGCCAUGUGCCUGUACAGAUCUAGGAGCGCUCUUAAAAUGUAUUUCCUAUUGUACUGCAAACUCCAAAGAUUGCACAUAUCUUAACUUUGCAUGGUGAGGAAACAGUGAACACUGAGAAACUGGGGGGGGGGAUUAUGUCAAGGCUCAAGAGACUAGCACGUUGAUGCUUCAACACUCCACCGAAUGGUACAAUGUGGGGGGUGGGCAUUUUUUCUAGUGUCAAAAUAGAGGCAGAGAGUUUAGGAGCACAGUACCUUUGAAAGUGUGUCAGCUUCCAUGCAUCCACGCUCAGAAGUCUCUCCUUAGAAACUUGAGUUUGAAGUGGGACUGCCAACACAGGCACACUGAUCAGUACUUCUAAUUUGAAUGCAUCAGUAGGACACAAAGGUAAAGAAUUUACAAAGCACAAUCUUCUCUGGAUCAAAAUGUUUCACAGUAUUCAUUCACCUGUAGUCUUGUGUUACUCCUGUAGGAAAUGCUGAACUCCAAAUUUUCAAAAGGCAAUACUGAAGCAGAGAAGCUGCCACUCCUAAAACCAGAGUCAGUCCCAGAAACAGGACUGGAAACUCAGGAUGUAAUCCUCUGUCUUCCAGCCCUGCAGUUCACUGCCUGGCUGAUCCAUAUUUCUCAAAGCAUAAACUUCUUAGCCAACCCACUGAGUCAUACUGACUGCUUCUCAAAUCUUGCACAGCUGAUUCUGACCUGAAAGCAUUGAUCAAAACACAAAGUUCUCCCUGAAACAUACUACUGACUGUCACAAACAUUGCAUUAAUAAUGCAGACAUGCUGGUAACAGAGUAGAUGGCACACAACUCUGUUUUAUUUAGGAUUUUAUUUGCCCAAAAUAAAUGCUGCACUGAAUUGCAUGGAACAGUAUCUCAUAAGUAGUAAGUUUUGCUGCUAGGGUCUGUACACAUUUGCUCAUCUGUGGAAAAUCAGAAAUACAAGAGCAGCCAAAUCAAGGUAGAUGUGACAUUUUAAUAGAGGCAACACAUCUGAGAAGCUAGAGAAUUCGUUUGUGGCCAGCAAAGUUCUGUAAAAUUUAUUGCCUUUUCCUGGUGUGUGUGUGUAUAUAUAUUUAUAUAUAUGGAUUGUCAACAGUACUUCAAAUAAUCUGUCAAAUUCAGAGUGCUGAAUGGAAUGCAUCCUUGUCAGUACAGGAGAAUUACACUGGAUGGCUCAUGCAAAGAGGAACUGAGGCAAAAGGCACAUUUUUUGUUCUAAAUGUCUGUAAAUGUUGUACUAAAGCAAUAGGAAGGCCUGUUGCACAUCAGCUGUGCACUCUCAGCCAAAUAGCUAUGUGCAUGAACUGUAUGUAUUAUACUGUCAAACUGGUGUAUAUAGGAAAACCUUAAAGAGCCGAAAAGAACAGGAAAGAAUCUCCUCCUUUGAGGCACCACUUAAAACCAGUAACAAGGAGCUUCUGAAAGAAGAGAGAAAUUAAAAGACUAAGGACAAUAAUCUUGUCAAUCAUGAGGCUGAGAACAACAGAAUGAAGAUUGUAAAGCACUUCGCAUAUUAAAAGUGUUGCAUAAAUAA